GCUAUUCUCGUCUACUUUCGAGGCGAGCCGCAACGCGUCUCAAACAAGCCUAGUGACUCGGAAGACAUGUGCUACCAAACAAACGUUCUCGACAUAAACACCCCAUGUCUCGAGGACACAGCGCGGGAGCAGUUUGUUCAACACUUCCAGAGCUGCAGGGUGCGGCGAGUCUGACUCAGGGGGUUAUACACAAAGUCUUCAAAGUCUUCCCGAUGGCGUCCUGUGACUACUCCCAUGUUACUUUUGUGAAUAUCUGUGAUGAUGCCUUCUACUUUCAAGAAACACCAGAGAUGGGUGAAGAUUUGACUGAAGAUGGUUUCGCAAAGUCACCGGCGGAACCCGAGAUACGCUGGGUCCGAAGCAAGUCCAACCAAUUCCUGCACUUUCAUGAAAGUCAGUUUGAAGUGAAAAACUUAGACGAGACUGAGCUAAAGAAGCCUGACUGCCAAUUCAAUAUCCAGAAUUACAAUGACAUGGAGACUGAUGGGGGACAAAAAGGAAGGCCAAUCAUGCUGUAUGCGAGUAUCGGUCCUGUUAAAAUGGUGGUGUGCUGCAAGCAGGAUGGUAUUUCUUCUGAAAAAAUUGGUAAUAUGGGAUGAAAAAAGUUCUUAGAUCUGUUACUCACAGAUCUUCCAAAGAAUAUUGAUGAAAGUACCAGCGACAAAUUGUUCUACAUGGAAGAAAGCCAAGCAUCUCGCAUGUACAAGUUUCGGUCCUCCAAGUUCCCGAAUAAAUACCUGGGAUUUGCGUGCGAUGCAAACCUUAACUUGAAUAAACUGGUCCUAAAGACGAUCGAGGAACAAGAUAAUAAGUGUGAGUGGCAUGUGUGUCGCGAUCCCUAAAUGUAAUCAUAAAAAAUCCACCCUGAUUGUCUCAUUAAGGGUGAAUGGCUUUGGGGACUACCUGCAGUAAUUGUUUUUCCUAUGUGCGGUUACAUACACUUUACCUUGUUUUUGAGAACUUAAUAAUUUAAUAACAGCUUAUCUUUUAAGCAUAAGUUACCCACAAGUCUUAUAGUAUCAAACCACAAAGGCAUAAUAAAUCAUGAUAAACAUUGUUUUUAAUAUCCAAAUCAAAGAUAAUUUGGGAAAUUCUGAAAUAGUAUUUGAACAUGUAUUUUCUUAGUCUUAUAUUAAGACAUGUUUCUUAUUGAAUAACUGCAUUCUUUUAUUUCAAAACAUUUUAAAUCUGUUUUUAUAUCAUAAUGGCAUUUCCCCCCAAAGACACGCAUUUGGUUUGUUGCAUUAUAUUAAUAGCUUGAGUUUAUUGAUGUACUAUUGAACAGUUUGGUUGAUGCAUCACAGUGUACUGUAAUGGACUCAAUAAAUGAUGUACCUUUGAUACGACCAGCCUUUUUACUGCAUUCGUUUCUGCCGGAGUAUAAAUUGAAUGUAUUGUAAUUAAUGUGUGUAGGUAUGAUUACAAUAUCAAAUGAAGUAUGUUUUUUCAGAAUGUUUUAUAAUAUGGUUCCAUACCUUUUGUACUCUACUGUCAUUGUAUAUAUUGUUAGGUCAUAAAAUGUCAAAAUAUGAAAACAUCUGUAAAGCAAACUUUAUUUUGCUGAGGCAGGAACAGUGCAUUUUUCUUGCCAUAUCGCAUUUUGUUCGUAUAAUCUGAAAAGUUGAAAAAAAAUUGAACAGAAAUUACAAAUGGACAAUUUGGAAGAAUCAAACAGACCAAGACAAAACGUGUAAGCUCUCAGAAACAUUUACUGCGUGAGCAUUGAGACAACCAAAUGAAGUUCAAACCGGUUUUAAAGCCAACACAACCGGCGACACCCAUACAAGCAGUACUAAAGAUUAUUGCUGGAAUAAAUGAAGGAGUUUGAUUAGUCAGCCAUAUGGAAUCUUAUAUAGGCUCACAUUGAUGAAGGAACACUGAAAUUAGGUUUCUAUUUUUCCCCCAAGAGGUAAUAAAUAAAUACAACUGCCAUCAAUACAUUUGUAUGAAAUAUUUUGAAGUUCGACAUGUUUUUAUUUUGUCUUCCGUUCUUGCCUAUCUUUAAUGAACCUUCAAUAGGGCAGCAGUUAGCUAAUGGAAGCAAAGGCAGUCUGCUCUUAAAAAAAACAAAACAGCUGGAGAUCUGCAAACAGCGGUCUGUCAUCAGCAUACAGUGAAACUCGAGGUGAGGGAAA